AAUGAGGAAAUAAUUUUUAUAUAACAUUUAUUGCGUUCUGAUAAUGUGGCUUAGAUAAAAAGAUAAAGGCAGCACGAUUCUCAGACCUUGUCUUACUAAUGUUGCAUUCGCGUGAGCAGUGAUGGAAUAUGGAUACGACAUACCGGACAUACGACCUAUACAUUGAGCUUUGCGUGUUCACCGCAUGAGGUCCCCAAUAUCAAUUCGGAGAUCGCUCGUCAUAUUUCGAGUCGGGAAGUCGGGAUGAUUUUUACUGCAAUCGCUGCAAUUGUCAUCACUGGAACUGCUAUGAUAAGUUAUAAUUGUUGAAUGUGCCUUAGUGUAUCGUGUAAGAACUAAGAAGAUGAAUUAAACCGGGAUAAUGGAAGAUAAUAAUUAGCAGUGGAUCUGCGUUGACGAAUUGUAUCGCAGUCAACCAGAAUAAGUCGGUUAAUGUUAUGUGAAUCGUGAAAUUCUGUUGGUGUUCCGUGAUAUUACAUUCAACGUUUACUUGUGUACGCCCACCUUUCUCUUAUACUGUCUUGUGUUAUUAUGUGUAUCAUAGAAAGAAACUAACCUAUCGUAAGAACGACGUAUUGGGAUUACACGCAAAACAGCACAAUUUAUGUACGUAAUGACAAUUAAUGCAGUACUGCGAAACUGAAGACAAGGAUUAAGAUAAUGAAUCAACAAGAAGUAUACAAGAAGCAGAUUGCUAAUACGCCAGAAAUAGCAUUGGCUAGUGAAGUGUUUGAUCAGUUUUGCAAUGCCACUACAUUGAAAUCUAUCCUUGGUUACUACAGACAACUAUGCGAAUUGCUCAAAAUUCGGCCAAAUGUUAUUAAUCAGUUUUAUCCGAAAUUGAAAGCGAAACUCCGAUCAUGGAAGGCCCAAGCAUUAUGGAAGAAGUUUGAUCAACGAGCUAGUCACAAAUGUUAUAACCGUGGUAAAGCAUGCCCAAACACGAGAGUUUUAAUCAUUGGUGGAGGACCAUGUGGUUUACGUACGGCUAUAGAGGCACAAUUAUUAGGAGCCAAAGUCGUUGUGAUAGAAAAAAGAGACAGGAUGUCCAGAAACAACGUCUUACAUUUAUGGCCUUUCGUUAUUCAAGAUUUACGUGGUUUGGGAGCGAAAAAAUUCUUUGGCAAAUUUUGCGCAGGUUCCAUUGACCACAUUAGCAUUCGACAACUGCAAUGUAUUUUGUUAAAAGUUGCUCUUAUUCUGGGCGUUGAAUUCCACGAGAGUGUGAGCUUUGUUUCCCUGAUUCAACCACCAAGCAAUCAAGAAGAUGGCAAGAUUGGUUGGAGAGCAAAGACUUUACCAAUGGAACAUCCCGUUUGCCAAUACGAAUUCGAUGUAUUAAUCGGAGCUGAUGGGAAGAGAAAUACCUUAGAGGGUUUCAAGCGAAAAGAAUUUCGAGGAAAACUUGCCAUUGCAAUCACAGCGAAUUUUAUAAACAAACGAACUGAAGCAGAGGCUCGUGUAGAAGAAAUUAGUGGUGUCGCUUUCAUCUUUAAUCAAAAGUUCUUUAAAGAAUUAUAUCAAGAAACGGGUAUUGACUUGGAAAAUAUUGUGUAUUAUAAAGAUGAUACACAUUACUUCGUCAUGACUGCUAAAAAACAUAGUUUAAUUGACAAGGGAGUCAUUUUGCAGGAUCAUGCUGAUACCGCUAAGCUACUUGCAAAAGAAAAUGUUGAUCGUGAAGCGUUGAUGCUAUAUGCACGGGAAGCAGCGGAAUUUUCGACGGAAUAUCAAAUGAUGGAUAUGGAAUUUGCAGUAAAUCAUUAUGGCCAACCAGAUGUAGCUAUGUUCGAUUUCACUUCAAUGUACGCAGCGGAAAAUGCAAGUCGCGUAUUGGAGCGUUAUAAUCAUAAACUCCUUAUGAUUCUUGUAGGUGAUAGUUUAUUGGAGCCAUUCUGGCCUACCGGGUCUGGUUGUGCAAGAGGAUUUUUGAGUUCCCUGGAUGCUGGCUGGGCGAUCAAAGCUUGGGGUGCCCCGUUGUCACUAUUAGAAGUUAUUGCUGAACGAGAAUCUAUAUACAGAUUGUUGGGACAGACAACUCCGGAGAAUUUAAACAGAGAUUAUGGGGCAUACACCUUGGAUCCUCAUACUAGGUAUCCAAAUCUUAAUAUACGUUGUGUAACACCGAUGCAAGUGCGCAGUCUUCUCGAUACAGAUGAUCCUGACAAUGUCAAAUCUACGAUACAAUCUGAAAUGGAUAUUCCAAAAAAGCGAAAACGUCGCGAUCAAAGAACCGAAGUUCAAAUUCAUCCCGACACGUUACUUCGUUGGUUACAAAAACAAGUUGCGUUAUACGACAAAAUUCACAUAGAAGACAUGGGUGCCUCCUUCAAAGAUGGCUUGGCUAUUUGUGCAAUUAUUCAUCGAUAUCGUCCAGAUCUAAUAGACUUCUACAGCUUAGAUGUGGAGGAUGUAGUGAAAAACAAUCAACUUGCCUUUGAUAUAUUAGAAAAGGAAUUAGGUAUAUUACCGAUAAUGACGGGAAAAGAAAUGGCCCAAUGCGAUAUCCCUGACAAACUUCUCAUGUUUUCUUAUUUAGCACAAAUAUAUGAAGUCUUCAGAGGCGAGAUACCCUGUUUCAAACACCCACAAUUAGAAUCAGAAACAGAGGAACGCACUACAAAACAAGUAAAACAAUUGAUUUCUGAGGAUAAGGCUACUAAAGUGCGACACCUACGCUUGCGACACGCUAAUGAAAAUAUACAAUCUUAUAUGGAUAGAAAGGAUAAUAUAGCUGGUCGGCGUUCUCGAAAAAGGCGCAAUAUUGAGAAGAUGAGUACAGUGGAGGAUGAAAGGCAAGAAGAGGUUUAUGAAAUUGGAAGGCAUUGGUCUUGGGAGCGCGUAAAGAAGCGGCAAUAUUUACGUGAGAUAGCAUCACGGCACUUCUAUAAAAGCAUGAAGAUGUUGCAAGGCAAUGCGAAACGUGACAAAGAUGAGACCUUCGAAGAUUACUCGAUUUUCUUAUAUCGUCAAACUGCACUAAGUUUCAAAGAUAGAGUCAAAGAUUUAGAACAGAAAAUUUUAUAUCCAGAUAGAGAACCUAAGGUACGCAUUGGUUAUCAAAGAGGUAGCAUGGACGAGGAAUUCUCAGGAAGAAUAAAAAAUUUUGAAGAUAAAUUAAAAGGGACGUCAUUCUUGGAGAAAAAGCCUAGAGAUCUCUUACGUGCAAUCGGUAAAAUUGAGAAAACAGAUUGGAAUGUAAAAGAAAUUGAAAAGAAGAUUGAAGAAAAUAAAAUGGGUCGCAGCGUUCGUCACGAUUCUGUAGAGAAAGUGCCCAAGUGGAGCCGCGAACAGUUUUUAGCUCGGCAGAUUAAGAUGGAGAAGCGAGGCAAUGAUUCAAAAAGCACUUACAGUAAAUACACCGACAUAGAUAAUACUCUGAAAAGUAUAGGCAAGAAGAUCUGGGAAGGCAGCGCACUUGGAUGUAAUAAAGUUUCAGUUAUGGCUGAACAAUUUUCGGUUAAAAAUCAAGAUGCAGAACCUAAAUUACAUAAAUCGAACACUAAAUCUACCAUCGCGCUACCUGCGCAAGGAGGAUCGGAGAUGUGCCAUUUUUGCGAUAAACGAGUGUACUUAAUGGAAAAACUUAGUGCAGAUGGCAAAUCUUUUCACCGCGGUUGUUUUCGGUGUGAAUAUUGUUCCAUCUCUUUAAGAAUAGGAAAUCAUAUGUUUGAUCGUGAGAAGAAAGGAGGUCGCUUUUACUGCACCCAACAUUUCGGAUUAUCAGGAACGAUAAAAACUAAAACGGAGAAGAAAAGGAUGGACUUGCUGAAUAAGGAAAAUGUACUUAAUGCGGCCAUGACAGUAAAGGUACCAGGAAAGGUGAAAGAACCAGUAGAAAAUGCUGUUGGGCUUGAUUUGCUUGAUCGUGGGCGAACUCCAGAAAGAAUUGAGUUUGAAAAUUUAGCAGAAAUAUCGGAUCCUGAAGAAGCUCAUAGUCAGAUGGACGAAGAUGAAUGGACUGAUAGAAAUUUUGGCGUUUCCACCGCUGAGAUGGGAUCCAGUGAUGACGUUUCUGAUGUGAGUGAUUCAGAUGAGGAUAACGAAGUAUUCGAGGAAGCUGUAGAACAACCAUUAACAACGGAAGGAACUCUUGAAUUAGCAAAGAAUUGGACAUUACGCUAUUCCAAUCCACAUGCCACAAUUGGACAAUCUGAUACUGGUAGCAACGAAUAUGAAGAUUCAAGCGAUGAUUAUAUAAGUGAAGAUGAUGAAAGUGGUACUGCGACUGAGGACGAAGAAGAUAUACGUGCAAGAGAACUUCGGAAACGAGAAGUAUGGUUGAAGGUACCAUCCCGUAACUCGGAUACCGAAACUGGUUCUGAAACAGAGAUUGCAUCAUCUAAAGACGUAUCAACUGAGGAAAGCGCAGAGAACUCUGCGACAGAAAUCUCGACCGAUUCGGAAUUUGAACACGAUGAGGCGACUCCGACGCAACAUGAAAUUCCUGAGAUCACUAUCAACGAUUCCUACGUGCGCAAGACAAGAGGCACUUAUGUCGAACCAAAGAAAGUACAGGUGAAAAGUAAGAUGAUCUUAUCCGUCAAUUGUAACUUGAAACAGGAUAAGGAGGAGAAAGAUACUAACGAGCAGUUUCUAAAAGAUGAUUGUGUCAAGCAUGAGUCGAGCAAGGAAAUAAUUUGCAAUAUACCAUCACCAGUUAACAUGAAUGCUUGUAAACCGUUGCUGAAUCCUCGGAAAGGAGAUUAUCUUUUGAAUCGUACCAACUCUACUGGAGGAAUCGCUUCGAGGCUUUCUUUAGAAUUAAAAAGACGCUAUUUAUUAGGAGGAUCAGCUUUAGGCGGUUCUGUUGUAAAAUCAGGUUCGACAUCUAACGUGGACACAAAGUUGAGGAACUUUACCGAUUCGAUAUCUCAGCACCAGAAGUUAUUAAAUCCGGCACCAGAACCCAGUCCUACUAUGCAAGCGUUUCUUCAAGGUACUAAGAAGUUGCAAAACAGCAAUGCGUCGCUUUCUCCGUUAUCGCCUACUACUUUAUUUUCGCGACAUUUAACAAUCAAUUACUACCAAAAUUCAUCGGAUGAUAUAACUUACAAACCGACAACUCUGAUAGGAAAUUCUAAAAUGCAGCAAUUGCCUGAUUUAGUGAAGGAGUCUAGUAUCUUAAAAUCGAAAACUGCGCCUAACAUUUGUGAUGAAUCUUUAAUAAAAGACAAAGAGCUAAUUGAGGAUCGAAUAUUUCUACAUCGAACUAAUAAAACGACAAAGAAUAAUAUAGAAAAUCUAGAAAGUUUACAAAAUAUGGAAAAUGUUCUUUCGAGUAACAUGGAAGAAAAUAAUGAUUUUAGAUCACGGAGUCCGCUUCAUGAAACAUGCAUCGUCGUUCCGCAUGUAGAUUGGAACAGAAAAAACGAAGAUAAAGAUAUUAGUACGGGUGAUUCAGAAAUAGAUAGUGAUUCGUUAUCUUCUGACUUUAAUGAAAUGGCUGAGAAUGAUAAUUUUAUUGCUAUAAAUCUUUUACCACCCAGAUUACAAAUCCAUAGCACUGAUGGUGAUCUUGUACUGGACGAACAAGUUGAAUAUAAACGUUACGACCCUAAUGAUGGUCAAGCUUUCGAACCAGAUUCUAUUGAGGUUUCUUUUGUACAGGAUCGGAGAUUAUUGAAUCGAUUGGACAUGGAUUCAUCAAUAGGCAAUGUACGUACCGCUGAAGCAAUGAAUAACAAUAUGGAACAAUUGAACUUGCAAGAUAACGAUGAAAAGAGUGACUGCAGUAGUCCCAUUUCUGAAACGUCCAACAAGCAGGAUAAUUCCGAGGAAAACGAUAUUACCGCAGCAUUUACUGAAACAGAAUUUUCCGAAUGGGCUCGCGAUGGAGAGGCUUUAGUUUCUGACGACCUCUUUGACGUAGAACUCGACCCUAAUUUUGUUACUGUUCGAAAGAAAAAUGUAUCGUCUUCUGCAAAAGAAUUCUCUAUGCCUACUUAUAUUGCCAAAAAGGAUGAAACGAAACUUGAUUGUUGCAAGAACGAUCAAAAUCAGUUUCCGCAAAAUAAUACAUCGACACUAUUGACCAAUGAUGAGGAUAUUAAUUACAUGGACACAGAUAAUGAGUUACUAUUGGACGAUAGCCUUCAAGAUGUUUCCAAUAUCACACUGUUGAGAAAUCGAGGUUACGUCGAAUUUGUAAAUAUCAAAACAAUUAAUAUGUCCGUUCCGGCUAAUACGCAGCACAAUUUACCAGUGACUAAUGCACCGAUAGUGCAGUUAGAUCUGGAAAAUGACUCGAAUGAUGAAGACGAAGAAGAAGGUUUCAAAGACACCAAUGUAAUAGAAAUUGAUCCCAUUACUAUGGAGGACGUGAUGGGCAAGUUAAAUAAAUCUACAAAAAGACCUCCAAUAAUAAAAGAGAUUCAAAUGAAAAUUGUCGAACAAUGCAAAGAGAUAUCGAACGAAAAUAGAGAAAAGGAGCAACUGAUAGAAGCUUUUAAUAAAGAAUUGCUUCAAUCGAUAGAAGAAGAUAGUUUAUUGACAGUGGAACCGGCGGAAGAUACGACCACUAGUGAAGCUAUCACCGUACUUGCCAGCCCGAUUGAUAAUCAAAUGUCUAUAGUUGCCGUCACUGAAAUGACAACUGAAACGGAGAGACAGAAAAAUACAAACAAGAUCAAUUGUAGCAAUCCGGAUUAUCUCGAAUAUGUAAAUAGACUGCAAUCUAGAAUUGCCGAAUUCGGUAAUACAAAAGAUUUUAUCGAUGCGAAGAAAUCAAAGCAAAAGAUCUCGAAAAGUAUGGCUCAAACGCGCAAUACCGAUGUAAUUACCAAAGAUGUUACAUGCCAAGAAAUAACAAUUACGGAUGAUAAUAAUACCAGUUCACCGGCAACUUUGAGAAAACUCGAGGAGAUUACUAGAGAACGAUCGAAGCAAAAAGAUGUUAUCCAGGAUCUCUUAAUGGAUAAACUUGAGGCACAUAAACAAAAAUCAGCUGAGAAAAAAGCUCGCAGAGCUGCCAGAGUUUUGUCUGCUACCAGAAUAUCAUCAUCAGACAAAUCAAUAUCAUCUAAUAUUCCGUCUGUUGGUACCAAGUUUGUGCCUACUUCUAUAAUGUCACCAAUCAGUAGUUCAUUUUGCACCGUCUACGAUGAAACAAAGAAAUCAUCAGAUUCUGCAAUUUAUUCACCUUCUCAUCAACAGUGUGAUCAAAUGGAAGGAGAAAUAACAAAAAAAAUCAAUAAGUCAACAACACAGCCAAUGGACGAAAAGCCAAUUACCGUCAGUCUAGAAGAUAUUUUUGAUACGUCACUUGCAUCUUUGAGAUUAAGGAAUGAAGAACAAGGAAAAUCCGCUACAAAAAACAGACAAGAUGCAAAAAACUGGAAUAAAAUAAAGAGUAACGAAGAUCUAAGCUUAAAUCCUGAAAAUAAAAUUAAAAUGAAUACGAAUCGAAGACAGCUCUUUACGGAGGACGGAAAAGAAGAUAACACGUCGAGGAAAGAAAAAAUUAGACCAUAUAGUUUCAGCGUAAUGGACAAUGUGAAAUUAAAAUUACAGAUCAGCAAAAGUACUGACAAUAUGAAAAACUUGGCGAAAGGAGUUGACUUGGAAAAGUUACCGACUAGUACGAAAUCGAUGGAUGAAUCGUUGAAUACUGCAGGUAUUUCGGCUUUCGAUAAUAAUAGUUCAGUAGCGAAAAAAGAUAAAAAGAAGCCAAAAGAUUUAGAAAGAAGAAAAAGUAUUAUACAAGCAGUAUCAGAUUUCUUCUUUAAGAAAGAAAGCAAUUCGCUAUCCCCCCAAAAGGAUAAAAUAUCAAUGUUCCGUCUGACUUCGAGAUCAAAAGGAAAAUGUGAUAAAAUUCUCUCGCCUACAUCUGAUGCAAACUCUAAAAGCGAUUGCAAGGAUAUACUUGCAGAAAAUAUUUGCAUUGACAAACCAUCACAAUCAUCGCUUAAUUAUUCUAUAGCUACUGCUCAAGUAUCAGAUGACAGUCUGUCGGAAGAUGAUACCAAAACAACUACUUUGUCGUGUAAGCAAAGAGUUACCGUUAUGGAGGAAUCAUGUAACAGCAUGUCGCGUAAAUUGAAAACUAAUAAGAAGAUAGCCAGACAAGCGCAAUUAAAGAGAUUACGGAUGGCUCAAGAAAUACAAAGGAAAUUAGAAGAAACCGAGGUAAAGCAGAAGGAAUUGGAGAGCCGAGGUGUAAGUGUAGAAAAAUCGCUGCGUGGUGAAGGAGAUUUGCCUGACCGUGAAGAAGCUGACUUGCUCAGAGAAUGGUUCGAUCUGAUGAAGGAACGCACAGAAUUACGCAGAUAUGAAAAAGAGCUCCUAAUACGUGCACAAGAAGUUCAGUUGGAGGAUCGUCACGAACGAUUGCAACAAGAAUUACGUGAACGCUUAGCUGAUGACGAUGAUAAAAAGAGCAGUAAUGACGUUAAGAAGGAAGGUGAAAUUUUGACAGAGAUGUUGGAAAUAGUAACAAAGAGAGAUUCCCUAAUCGCUUUACUGGAAGAAGAACGGCAAAGAUAUCAAGACGAAGAACGCGAUCUCGAAGCUCAAAUGCUAGCUAAAGGCCUGAGAUUAACGCCAAUUAAGAAAUGCGGUUCUAAAUAUUCAGUAUAAUAUGAAAAUUAUUCUUUAAUAUGUACAUUUUCCGUUACAAUUUUUUAUUGUAUAAUAUAAUAUGAAAUAAAUUUCGCACGUGCGCAUGUAUAUCUUUAUAUUAUGUAUAUCAUGUAUGCAUGUAUAUCAUGUAUAUCUACAAUUGUAAAUGCAGAAUUACAAAAAAUACAAGAUUUAUGUCUACAAUGUGA